UUGUGAUGUAUUAUUUAAUUUUUUUCAUUUCCCUCUUCCUCAGUUCACAGUUCACUCCCUCCCCAUUUCGUUCCUCCUCUAUCUCUCCAUUGAAAUUUCAUUUCUCCCUUCCUCUCCCUCCCUCCCUCCAUCUCCAUCUUAGUCGGACCUCUCCCUCUCCCUCUCCAUUUUUUUUUCCCUCCCUCUUCUUCUCCAUAUCGUAGCCUUAAAUCUAUGGGCAACUCCAUUUUAUUUUUUCCUCCCUCUUGUUCUCCGCAUUUCGAAUUCCAGUUGCAGAGUUUGUGGGCAACUCCAUUAGGGGUUAAACUCGACUCCACUGGGGGUUAAUCUCGUUGGGUUUUUGGUUUGGGCGGAGUACCUCGCUCCUCCUCUGCAAUGAAAACCUCGUCAUUGCUACCGAUUUCUUCGCUCUCCGUCCUCCGUCUUUGCCAUGAAAACGUCGUCAAGUUUAUUGAAUUAGUUACUAUGAUGACAAAGAACAAGGGGCCAUGGUAUUUGAGCAUGCGGCAAAUGGAAGCUUGCCAGAAGCUUGCACAGAAAGGGAAUCGCAUGUGCUUUCGUGGAGAAGACGAAGGGAGGGCAGAGCUGUCAUGGAAAGGAGGGAGAGCUUCGAGGGAGGAACUUGGGAAGAAGAAAAGCUUCGUGCAGUCGGGACUUUGUGAGAAUAUUGUGAGAAAUCAUGGUGGAUUCUCUGUAACUGGUUUGUGUCUGUAAUACAGACUUGUAUUAGUCUAUAAGUUCUGUGAAUCUGCUAAAUCAGAAGAAUCGAAAUCGAGAAGCAACUUUGUGAGAAGGAAAGUUUGUUUGAGGCAUUUUAUGGAAUACUUUGUUGCAAUUCAUUUAUGCUUUCGUCUUUGGUAUCGUAUCAUCAAUUGUUUGGACGUGUUUCUGAUUAUUUUUUUUCACUAUAUUAGCUGUGCCAUGUCAGCAGAUUACCCGGCGGUUUCUCCCUGCCGGUUGUGCGUAGAAGCACUGGUACAGCACCAAAAUGUGUUGACCACGUACUACUCUUCUAGUUGGCAGAUAGGACAUGUAGGAGUACCUGAAGUUGUUUGUUGGUUGGAAGACUUUCAUGUUCAGGGGCAAAUAACGGUUUAUAGAUUCAAAAGCAUAGACUUUCAUGCUCACUCUCAGAUGUCUAACUGAUCAACACUCCCCCAAAAAUCCUCACCUCCGGCCUAAAACCCGUCUUCUAAGGCUAAGGCCAUGUCCAAGCAUCGAAUCCUCUCCUUCCUCCUGAUCCUCUUCUUCUUCCUGAUCUUACGCGAUCCCUCCUAUGGCCGCUUCAUCACCCACCGUACGUACUUCUCUUUAUCUUCUGAUCUAGUUUCCGAUGGGGUCCAGCAGCUCCGUGGACCGCCCUGCCUCGCUCUAAACCGGUCCUCUUCCUUCUCUGCCGAGUCCACUUGCGAGCAGACCUACGGGUUCUUGCCGUGUACCACCACCGUCCUCGGAAAUAUCUUCCUCAUCGUCGUCUAUGGCUACCUCAUGUUCCUCUCCGCCACCUAUUUGUCCAAUGGCAGCGAGCUCUUGUUGAAGAUUCUUGGCCCUGGUAUUGUCGGCGCUUUGUUCCUUCCAAUCCUCGGCGCCCUUCCGGAUGCCAUGCUUAUUCUCGUAUCCGGUCUUUCAGGAAGCACUGAAACUGCUCAAAGUCAAGUUUCUGUUGGUAUGGGCUUGCUCGCUGGUUCAACUAUUAUGCUUCUUACGAUAAUAUGGGGAACAUGCGUUAUUGUUGGCAAGUGCGACCUCGUUGAUGGAGUUGCACUAGAUUUACUAUAUACAAAAGGGUUUAACUUAACUGAAUCGGGUGUUAGUACUGAUAUCUGGACUAGCUAUACCGCAAUGAUUAUGGUGCUUUCUGUCAUCCCAUUUUUAAUCGUUCAAAUACUACAAGUUCUCAAUUCAACGUCGGGGAGGCACUUGGCAGUCUUGAUUGCGCUUAUUGUCUCUCUCCUACUAUUGAUUUCCUAUUGUCUUUAUCAAGUUCUUCAACCUUGGAUCCAGAGGAGGAAAAUAUCUUAUGUGAAGCACAAGCGUGUUAUAUUUGGACUUCUAAGGUAUCUAAGAGACCGGACAGUGGGAAGGCUGCUCAAGGAUAAUGGUGAACCUGAUGAGGACGGCAUUAAAGAGUUGUUUUUUGUAGUAGACACAAAUGGCGAUGGAAAAAUUUCAUACAGUGAAUUGACAGCAUUGGUUGCUGGAAUUCGGUUUGUAGAGAUUGACCUGAAAAAGGAUGAUGCCGUUGCUAAAUUAAUGAAUGAUUUUGAUACAUCCCAUGAUGGUCACAUUGACGAGAGAGAGUUUGUCAAGUGCGUUUCUCAAUGGCUGAAGAGGGCAACGCGUAUACGGAUUGCCUCUGGUGGUCCUGGUUCUCUCACACUUGCGUUUUUAAAUGCCCUUCUCCAGGACACAGUUAGAGAGCUUGAUUUGUUGGAUGUGGGUGAUGAAAGCGAUGAAGAAUUUGAGGAUGCUAGGGGUUACAGGGGGACAUCUAUCAAAGCAGUGUUAUUGUUGUUGCUGGGAACUGUCAUUGCUGCCGCAGUUGCUGACCCCCUGGUAGAUGCUGUUGAUAACUUUUCUGAUGCCACCGGUAUUCCUGCUUUCUUCAUCUCCUUCAUCGUGCUGCCUUUUGCUACCAACUCUAGCGAAGCUGUGUCAGCAAUUAUAUUCGCUAGUCGUGCCAAACGUAAAACUGCCUCAUUGACAUUUUCUGAGCUAUAUGGUUCAGCAACAAUGAAUAAUGUCCUCUGCCUCUCAGUGUUCUUAGCCCUUGUUUACAUUAGGGGAUUGACAUGGGAUUUCUCAUCUGAAGUGCUGGUUAUUAUUAUUGUCUGCGUUGUGGUGGGUUGCUUCGCCAGCUUCCGCACUUAUUUCCCUCUUUGGACAGCUCUUGUAGCUUUACUACUUUACCCAUUCUCCCUUGCCCUGGUCUAUGUUCUUGACUAUGUUUUGGGCUGGUCAUAAAUUCACGGAUCGCUGCACAAAAUUUUGAUUGGAGGAUGUACUCCAUUUCCUGUACUUAGAACGGAGGUUGUUUCUUUUUAACAAGAUGUUACUGAUUAUUUUGUAAUACUUAUAAUUUCCAAGAUGGUCUUUUCAAAAAAGA